AUGGCCUCACCUGAAGAAAUGGCAGGGAAAUGGCUCCUCAGCCUCUGCAGCCGUAAGCCCUCCGCAGAAAGAGAUCAACUCCUCACCAAUCUCGAGAAAAUAAAACUCGACGAAUUCUUCGCUCUGCAUGGAAGAUCACCCGUUUUCAAGACGUACCACGUCGAAGCCGUGCGUAGGUGCCUAGCCAAAGAGCUGAGGGUGGAUUAUCCGCUAGCGCGUGCGCUGCUAGAGAAGGAUGAUGCAGGUGAUUUGUUUGUUAGGGAGAGGGAUUUGUUGCAGGUUGCGAUCAAUAGGGCAAAGAUUGAUCCGGGGUUGUUGGGUGAGGACCCGAAGAAGUCGAAUCCUGAGCUUUUGGAGAUGGUCAAGUUGCUUAUAGCUCAUGGGGCGGCGGUGAAUUGCUUUGAUGACGAGGGAUAUUCGCCGCUUGUUUAUACCUGUAUCUUGGGGUAUGAGGAGCUCUUCCGCUUCCUCAUCAAGUCUGGAGCAGAUAUCUCGACGGUGCAGGAGCGCCGGGGGCCAGAGCAGCUUGUCAAGAGACGAAAGGCCGCCAAAGCUGGAGAGCCUUUGGAUCCUGCAGAAGAUGAGUCCAAAGAACAGGUCAACCUUCUUCAGGUUACUCUUGACGCUUUGAUCUCUCCCCAAGAGAUCGUCGACAUGACGUGGGUUGGUUGGCCUCCUGGUGUUAACUUCGACACACCCUUGUGGGAUCUUGAUAUCGAAGCUACCUGGGGUGGCAUCAUUAUGUAUCUUCUGGAGCAGGGUCUUUCAUGUCCCAAAGAUGAUGCGGGGUUAGUGAUGAUGCUUCAUAUUGCUUGUCGCAAAGGAGCGCUGGAGUUUGUGAAGAAGCUUUUGGCUUAUGGUGCCGCUGCUGAUGUCGCUGGCCCAAGAAUGGUUGAUGGAGGACAAGGCGAGGGCUCGACUUUCGGAACAGCGAUGCAUGCUGCAGCCGCAGGUCGCAACAUCGAUAUCGUUUUGGCUUUGAUAGAGCAUGGCGAAAGUGCCAGCUGUUGUCGACACUGUAUUUUCGACCACAGAAGCACAAAGGGAAAUCUGACGCCCAUCGAAGUUGCUAUAGCAUCAGAUCGUUUUGGAAACGAUGAAAACCUUCUCGAAUUUCUAGAGGCGUUCAUGGCACAGGCGAGCGAUCUUGAAAGUUCUGACUACCAGGCCGUGCUGAGAUAUUGCGCGCAGAACAAUGAGCUUGAUGCAGCCAAAUGGCUUUUAAGCAAGGGAAUACGACUCGAAGAAGUGCCAACCUGGGUUUCAAGCGUUGAUGUGGCAAAUUUGCUUGUUUCAUAUGGUAUCAAGCUUGAUCCGGGGGCGUUGCAGGAGAAAGCCCUGAAGAGAGGAAGACUGAGUCUCCUACGCUGGUGUGUUAGUGAGUACGGUGCAUCGCUACCUGAUGACCCCAAGUCGUGGGGGGAGAUGGUAACGUGGCUUCUCUCCUCUGGUGCAAUGCAUUAUGAGAAGACAAGAUAUCUUAUCACGGAGUAUCCCGGUCCGCAUAUCGACACGGUUCUCGUCUCAAGACGACGUCUCCAUCGUGAAAAUCUCAAAGCAAAGAAGACGAGCUGGCUUCAUACCGCUAUCAUCAAAGGUAAUUUGCCGGUUGUCAAGAUGUUGCUGGAAGAGGGGGCUGAUGUAAAAUGUCCUGAGUUAUAUGUUGAUGCACCCACUGCGAUGAGGAAAGGUGGUCGAGGGUCGUUCCGAGACGUUGAGGAGAGACUUGAGAUUGUGAGGAUGUUGGAGGAGAAGCUCUCCGGUGAUGAGGAGUGGAGUAUGCCCUCUUAUGAAAAGGUGAGGAGGCGUGUUGCGCAGACCGUAGCGCUUGAGAGGCGAGCUUGGGAUGAGAAAAUUGAGAGUAUGGUCAAAGGUAGACAGGAGGUCCCUUACGCAACUCUGCAGAGCGUAGAUGACUCAGUACCAUCUUCUCCUUUGGGAGUCAUUUCUUCAGCAGAUGUUUAUCAGCCUCUGAGCAGCAGCAGCUCCUUUCGACUUCUCGAACUCCUCCCGUCGAGCAAUCGGACAGACCCUCUUGUCGGACGAUUAGUCGAUAGCGAUAUUACGUUUCAACCCAACUACGAAGCUCUUUCCUACGUCUGGGGAGACAUAACACCAGUCAGGUAUAUCAACCUCGGCGAUCAAGAUAUCUCAAUCACGCCAAACCUUCACUCAGCACUGAUCCACCUACGAUCUCCCGACACUGUCCGAACACUUUGGGUUGAUGCCCUAUGUAUCAACCAAUCCGUCCACGGUGAACGAAACCAACAAGUCCGCAUCAUGGGCGACAUCUACAAAUCAGCCCGUCAAGUCGUAGUAUGGCUCGGCGAAGCAGCCGAUGAUUCCCAUCUCGUAUUCCAACAUCUCAACGACGAAAGUAUCCCCGACUCAUUCCACAAUGAUUCAACUCCACCGCAAGAUAAACGCCACGCUUGGAGUGCCCUCGUCAAAAGACCGUGGUUCUUCCGCACAUGGGUGAUCCAAGAAAUCGCCCUUGCGAAAAGAGCCGUCAUGAUGUGUGGAGAGGACUCGACGCUAUGGAGGAACGUUGAUGCGAGUUGGAAGCCAGACUUUUCAGGUGGUGCGAAGGGACUGUCGACUUCGCGUGGUAAAGAAUGUGAUCACCCGAUCGAGGGGUUUGAUCCGGACAGUCACGUUUGGAGUCUGAGACUUCUUAAGGUUGGGAGUGAUCCAAUGAGUAUUCUGGGGUAUAGUCGCGUUUGUCAGACUACUGAGAUUCGGGAUAAGAUCUAUGGUAUUUUGGGUUUAUUCGAACCAGGUUUCAUACCCGUUGACUAUGAUCUACCAGUGGAAGUUAUCUUUCGUCAGUUCGCACAGGCUGUGCUCAUUCUCACUAAAGAUCUUCGUAUCCUGAAGCAUCUCGGUGCAAAGCACAGCUAUCCAAAUCUUCCAUCCUGGGUCCCAGAUUUUACAGACACUUCGACCAACAGUCUCCCUGAGGAGCAUUGGUAUGCACCGUAUCGCAAAGACGCGGAAGAAAACUACGAUGUUCGGUGUACAGACGGAACAAAACUUAGUUUUCCUCGUGCCAGCCUUGGUAGAGAGUAUCUCCCGGGCUUAACGUUUUCGAAACAUGGAAGUUUGACGAUCAGGGGAAAGAUGGUCGACACGGUUCGGGAGGUUGGACCUGAACUUGAAGCUGGUGUUUGUCACGCACCGGGGACUGAGGGUUUUGCUAAGGUGAUGAAAGAGUGGGAGACCUUGACUGCGAAACUGGCUCCUGAGUGGGAGGCUCCUGAAUCUUCAGUGAGCGAGGCUUUUGCGACGACACUUACAGCAACUCAUGGCUCUGAGCUCUUCAGCGUUGGCGUGGGAUUCACACAGUGGUAUCGACACUGCGGCACCGGUAUUCUCGAAUCAGCCGAUCCAUCCGUGUUUCUUCGCGACCACGAGUUCUAUCUCUGGUGGCUAAGUGUCGGGAAAGAGAAGGAAGAAAAAGACCCCGACUCAACAUCUGAAGAGGAACCAGACGAAGAACCCGAAGCUAUUGGGUAUGAUCUCAGAGAGUUCUCCGAAAAGUUCACAUCUGCAAGCUAUGGUCGAUGUCUUUUCACUAGUGAGAAGGGGUCGUUGGGACUGGCGAGUCCGAGAGCUAAAUCGGGGGAUCGAGUUGUUUACUUUCCUGGUUCGGAUAGACCUUUUCUGUUGAGGAAGAAGGAGGGUGAGGGGUGGACCUUGAGUAACAAGUAUCUCUUGCGGGCAGAUGCAACUAUGUAG